UUCAAAUCAUACAUUUAAAUCUUACUACUACACUGACACUACUCUAACAACAGAUCGGUAAAACUUGAUUAUUUCCUACUUCAACUGUAAAACUAUGAUUCUUAUAGGAAUUCUCUACAUUUAUGGUUGUGUGUACGUUAGUGAAGCAGUAAUCGGUUUAAGUUCAGUAUCCUCUUUAUAUAUGCCCUACGAUUAUGCCAAAGGGAAGGGUGUGUACGACUUCAACCGUAACGCUGUCGAGGAAACUGCUUACGAUGUCCGCAAUAAACUCAUCUACACAGCAGGUUCUCGAUACCUUCACAUUGUUGAUGUAUCUAAGCCAACUAAACCAAUUAUCAUCCACAAACACCGAUUGACUCAGAAUGUGGAAGACAUUGCAAUAUGCGGUAACUACUUUGCAAUGAUACAAGAACAUAAGGAUUUCCCCGCGUUGGACGGAUUCCUGAAGAUAUUCAAGGUAUAUAAUCCUACCACGCACUCUCUGGAUCGGAUCCACACAAUCAAAGGUAAAAAUGAUGAGGAUAUAAAUAGAAAUCCUCCGAACGAGCCGACAAAGUUUGCAGGUAGUGAACUGCCAAAGUUACCCUGCAUGCCAAUGUUACCCCAGUUUACGGUACACAGAGAAUUUGAAUACAUCCAAUAUGGAAUCCGCAAGCCAUACGCUCCAUCCUCCCUGUCUAUGAACCUUGAACCGGAAUCAAUCGCUUUUAACAAUGACGAAACAAAACUCUACGUAACUUUGCAGGAAAAUAAUGCGGUUUUAACCAUCGAUAUGGCGACUAAAACACUCGAAAGUGUGUUUUCGCUUGGUGCUAAACAAUGGGCUAAUUUGAGGUUGGACGCCAGUAGCGGAGACGGAGGUACGAAAAUGAGGAAGUAUCCUAUCUACAGUUUGUAUCAACCAGACGGAUUGGCAUACUUUGAGAACAAUGGCGAAGGUUACGUUAUAACUGCCAAUGAGGGCGCUGAUGUUGAGCUUGAUCAGGGUGGUGUUACGUUUCACGAAUCGGAGAGAGCAAGUACAAUGGCUGAAAGAAAUAUGUUCUCGAAGCAAAUAUCACCGGAUCUUUUAAAAUCUUUAGGAAAUAAUAGACAACUAGGUCAGCUUGAAAUCAGCCAAAUCGACGGCUUGGAUGAACAGGGAAAAAUUAAAACUGUAUUCUUCUAUGGUGGGAGAGGGUUCUCUAUAUGGCGCGCCAGUGACAUGCAUCAAGUAUACGACAGUGGAGAUGAGGUUGCCUUAAAACACAAGCAGUAUUUUAAUUCUAUAUUUAAUGCUGACAGUACUACUAGGAGCCCAACGAAUAACAGACCGACUGAUCUAAAGGACGUCAGGUCAGAUAACAAGGGCGUUGAGUGUGAAUCGAUUGUAAUGGGUGAGGCUCAAGGAAAACGCCUCAUAUUCAUUGCUAUUGACCGUGUUUCUACGAUCAUGGUCUACAGCCUUCCAGCAGGUAGCACUAAGCCUGUAUUUGAAUCGAUUUUCCGUGGUGGACGUUUGGACAAGACGUUCCAGGAACUUUACAAGAACAUGGAGAUGGGAGACCUUCGACCUAGUGAUAUGAUGUUCCUCGAUGCCAAAGAUAGUCCUAAUAAUAGUCCUAUGUUGAUGGUAACUGGUCGAGCUAGUGGAACAAUUUCUUUGUACCACGUCGGAAAUGUUAUUAAUAAUUCGUCUUCCCGUCUGAAAGCUGACACCACAACAUGGACGCUGGUGCUCCACAUCUGGGUUGUUAUGUUGGCAAUUGGUGUAUUAAGAGUUUAGUUAAUAUAAGCAUCACUAUACAUCAGUGGAAGUAGAUUAUAGCUAAACUGUUUGUGAGUGAAUAGAUAAUUUUAAAACAAAAAACUUAUUUAAAGAUCAAUGAGCACUUUUAGGAAAGUAUUAGUUUUAGAUAUAAAGAAAUAGUUAAAGAAUUAAAGAAGUUAAAAAAAUAUGCAAGUUC